AUGGGCGAUGUCGACAUUGUUGGCUCGUUCGUCGAGCGCCAGGUUUCCUCAGUGCAGACCAUCACCGGCCUUAUCGCCGCCAUAGCCACCGUGCCAUCUACGUACUCCUUCCCUCCUCUCUUCAGGCUUGGGUACGACAUCAUCACAGACGCCAUGAUCCAGGACGCGCCGUACGUCCCCGGUACGGGCGCGGUUGGGAGGACGGACACCUGGAGAGAGUGGUCGAGGUGGAAAAGGGGCCUUUUUGGAGGAAGGUGGUAUUUCAAGCUGUUCAAUUUCGUGCUUUUCCUUGGAGGGACGGUGAUGUCUUUCCUUGGGAUGUGGGGUGCGGGAGAGUCUAUCAAGGAGAUUUUCCAGCGGUCGGGUGCUGCGACUUCGUUUGGGUGCAAGGCCCCUGUGUGA